CAUGGCGGCUAAGAUGUUUUGGUGGUGAGGAGAUGGGUGGUUUGGGACGUUUCAGUGGAAUUUACCUGAUUUAGCUUGCAUAAUGACAAGUUAGGCAUAAUUCAUAACUGUUGAUUCAGACGUGGAACCUCGUACGAUUCUACUAAAGACCUGCCAACCCCUGAUAAAUGGAAGUCUGGAGACCCAUGAAGAAUAAUUGUGCAGUGCUUGUAAAAAUGCCAGGAACCCACCAUGAAUGUUGCUGAUUUAGAUGACAGGCCUCUCCCAACAGGCUGGAUACGUCGACAGUCUAGAUCAAGAAAGGACAAAUACUAUUAUUUUAACACUGUUACAGGAAAAUCAAGCUGGAAGAAUCCUCUUGAUAUUCUAGAUCUAGGAAGUCAUAACGAAUUGUCAGCUAAUAGCAAACAAAGUGGAUCAAAAAGAAGCUUUGAAAGUGAUGGGUGUAAUAAAAAAAAGAAGUCUAAAUCUUCAAAGAAACAUAAAGUACACAGUCCGGCACACUCGAGUAGUAGCAAAGAACCACAUAGAGAGACAAACAAAAAUAACAAGAUGCCUCAAAUGACAACAGAUGCUGUCAAUGGACAACAUCACAUGUGUGGUGAUUCUAAAGUUCACCGUAUAAAUGCUUGGGUUAGAUCUGUUGAUACGUCAUAUGCACCUAGUGAACCAGGGAGCUAUAUAAGUCAUGCUGAAAGUGACGAAUUGAACCACAAUGUUGGUGGAUUUCCAGCAAAACACCCUUACUGCAGGCCUGCAAAAGUACAAAACACUGCACGGCUUGUAUCAACUCAACAGUGUAACAGAACAGGUAGUUGUAACAAAUACAAUGACAACACGAGAAUUCUUUCUGAGCCGUUAUCACAACAUAGCCAUAAAGGCUCACUUUCAGGUGAUGUUAACACACACGUCCCUGUCAGAAACAAUGUUCUAAAGAGUUCGAAGCAAAAUAGUAGAACAGCAGCAGUUAACAGCACUGUCCAUACACCAUUUAGUCCUUUAUCGCAUCACCCAACUGUCCUUGGACUUAAUUCUGACAAGACAGACACUGGACAAAAGUUACCAAGUGCUGCAGCUUAUCAAGCACAGCUAGCUGCUGAAGACAUGCAGUUAGACAGUCAAGUGUCUUUGCACAGUUUUGAAAAUGACAAUUAUGAGGCUCAGCAUGAAAAGACAGAAUUUCCUGAUAAUAAUGAAAUUGCCAUGGAGAUUGAUAACUAUGAAGAACUGGAAGAUCAGAUUAAGUUGGAGCUUCAAGGAAUGAGAUCAGAGUUUGCCCUUGAUCCAUCACAGGUUACUGGUGAAUCAGGAAAGCCGUCGUCAUGUUCAUACAAGGAUACCCUUUAUGUUGUUUUGGAUACAAAUGUUCUCUUGUCGCAUCUUAAACUCAUAUCGGAACUAAAAGACUUUCCUAUUGAAGGUGUUGCCAGGCCUGUCCUUGUCAUUCCAUGGAUUGUCAUUCAAGAACUUGAUUCCCUGAAGAGUGAUUCAUGGAGAAUAAAGAAAGGGAAGCUUGUUAGCACCAAAAAUGAGAAUGGCAAGUUUGGUGUUGAUGCCCUUGCAAGGCAGGCUGUGAGGUUUCUUCAUCUGUGUUUUGAGAGUGACCAUCCACGGGUCAGAGGACAGACAGUAUCUGAGGUAAGGGAAAUGAUGGAGAACUGCUCAAUAGAAGAUCCUAACAAUGAUGACAAAAUACUCCAGUGUUGUUUGUUAUUCCAAAGAAAAGCACAUAAUGGACAUGCAGUAUUGUUUUCCAAUGAUCAGAACUUGUGCAGUAAGGCCAUCAUUAAUGGGGUGAAAGCUUUUAAUCACCAGAGUCUUGUCAUGGGUUUGAAGGAGCUUUUUCAGAGCAGUGCUGUGGUGUUAAAAAAAGAUCAUUUUCAAGAUUAUUACAGGGAACUUAAACUACAAGAAAAUUUGGCAGAAAGGAGAGCUAAGGCUGAUGACCUUGCAUGUGAGCUGCAGUGUAUUAUGAGAGAAGGUUUGGCUGUGGUGGUGGAAACAGAAAUGAGAGCAGCAUAUGAUGAUCUUUGGGAUAAGAUUGUGUUUAUAAAACCACCAUGGACUUUGACUGACCUUCUUCAGUUGCUAGACAAACACUGGAUUGCCGUGUUUGGUCAAGUGUUCAAAAGGAAUAUCAAAUCAACUGUGGAAGAUCUUCGCAAGCACUUCAGUGGAGGAGGAGGCGCUCCAGGUUGUUUAGCUAAUGCUUCCAUUAUAUUGGAUCAGGCACACACACUGUUUGAUGCCAUAGCUGCAAGAUCUAGUUACAAUGGAGCUAUCACAAAGUGUGUGACAGCUAUUAUUGUUUUACAACGGAAGUGCAAAGAAUAUCAAAAUAAUGGUGAUAAAGAACAGCCUGUUAGACCCCCGACCUCUGUUGUUAUGGGUCCCCCUCCUCCCCAGGUCCGUGCUCUCCAAGGACCUGGAACUGGGAUUUCCUCACGGUCUUCUUCUAGUGAAACUGAACCAGAGAACUCCUCGGGGAAGUUUGAAGAAGGUUCAGAAGAAAGCAGUAGUGUUCACGAGAUUAACACAGUUCAAAUGGGAAGUAAUCCCCAUGGAUUAGUCCUGUCCACGUUUGAAACAAUAUGGAAUGCAGUCAACCAGUUCAGUGCCCAGAUCUUCAGUGGUGUGGGUUUUCCUCAUCCUGUACCUCUCAACUUUCUUGAAGACUUGGCCAAGCCAACCAGAGAUGAGGCCAUACAGUUUCUAAGCCGACUCAGUUCAUGCUUGGCAUUUGUAGUUUCUGCCAUUCAGAGUGUUCUUCAAGAACCAAAAGGAAGUGAGACAGGGAAUUUUCAAUUGUUUGAAACUCUGUUACAAGCAAUAACCCAGUUCUUCCAGCAGAUCCUAUCCAUGAACACACACGUCACAGUGGCUGAUCUGUUCAGAUUUGCCAGGGAUUCUAACGCAAGGAUGGGCCUUAUUCAGGGGUGCUCACAGUUGGACCGUGCCUUGGCCACCUUACAGCAGUGUUCCACCUGGGUGGUAUCCUCAGAUUAGUAGAUAUUUGUUCUUGACACUUGGAGCACACUUUUGGAGACAGACUGUAAUUACGAUGUUGGUAGGAAAGAAAAAAUCCGAACGGAAAUUACGACGGUAUUUUGAACAAUGGGACGGUUGCUGAUCUUGGACGAUUGAUUCGUAUCUCUUUGGUUUCGUUUGUCAACGCCAUCUUAAGUACGUUUUGAUGUUGUGACAUUUGAGCUCUCGACCAAUUGAAAACAGUGUCUUUUAUCGUACCAGUGGUACGAUCAGAGAGACGUGCAAUAACAAUAUUAUUAUUCCACCUCCUUGUUUAUUUAUGUCCUUGGCAAGUUUAUUUAUUUUUUGUUAUUGCGGGGUUUUUUUAUGUGUCGUUACUUGGGUAUAUUUUCCAAGAUGAACGGGCGCCAUUUUGUCACGAUUAAACUACGGAUUUGUCUCAAGUACUCUUCAUUUGUAAUACUGAAAAGAAAAGGAAAUCUCUAUUGUUCAUAAUAAUGACUGGCUCCAGUUUUUGUACUUCAAAGUUUCUAAGAACUCUUAUGUCGAAUGAUUAUUCCAUUUGUAACAUACCGGUAACUUUAUUUUUGGAGGAAAAAUCGUGAAUGAUAAACUAUCGAAAUCAUUUCAAAGUGUUACGUUGAUGUAGUGAAAAAAUUAUAUUUAAAAAGAGAUAUAUUGAUUGCAAAUAAAAAAUUUGUUCAUUAAAGCUCCCUUUUGUCAUUAGACCUCUUGUUUGUGGUCUGAAAUGGUGCAACAUACAUAAACUUACAUAAACUUUAUUAACGUGUCUUUAUAUGUAGCCGAUGGGGAAAAAAUCUCUCUACUAAUUGGGGACACUUAGCAUAAUCUACACUCAUAACCUGCUAUCUCGGGAAGGAUUCAUGAAAUCUAAGACAAGCAAAAAAUAAAGCAAUCUGUGCUUUUCCAGGUCCGCUGCUAACGAUCCAAAUGUUAGCUGCACUAACUCGUUCCUCCCUUGCAUUAUUAUUCCCUUGUUAUCCUCGCUUUCCGCAAACCACAGUGAUCGUCACAGAGCGCGUGACGUCACAAGGAACAUCGCUGUACGUCGAACUAAAACUUGCAGUCUGGCUCAGAUAAAACACUUGAAAAACCACAUUAAAAAAAUAAAUCUCAAACCAAACUUUCCACUACGGCUAAUUUUCUUGCUUCACUACAUAUUUUCACCACCUCUUUACGGCCAGUUCACCAGAACAUCACAAAUCAAGAAGCUCAAACACCACCUCGUAGGUGUUUUUCCACUUCCGCUGGAAAUAGGCGACCUCCCGGCCCAGGGUGAGCGCGGUUCUUAUAAUAAGUUGCGGCCGCUUCCCAAAACCAGUUGGCCCAUUUAAGACCAAAAUCUGCAAUUUUCCCUACCCAACGGUGAAUUCGAUAAGACCUGACUCUUAAAUCAAUACCCUGUUUUAAACCUGCCUUAUAAUCGUUCUCUAGUUCGGACCGAUGUUAAAGGCAUUGUGAAGGGCUUUUGUUGAUGGUCUCUCAGGUGUUUUUCCACUUCCGCUGGAAAUAGGCGACAAAAAAGUGCAACUCAAUUUAAGAACCUCCCGGCCCAGGGUGAGCGUGGUUCUUAAAAUAAGCUGCGGCCGCUUUUCUUAUCGAAAAUUAUGAAAAAGUGGCUCAAGUUCUUCUGUUAAGAACACACCCAAUACAAGACUAGAGUGCAAAACCUAUACCCUAUUUGAGACCAAAAUGGCCAAAAUCUCUACCCUAUUUCUGACCAAAACGGCUGAAAAAACCACACCCUUUGGGACCGCACAUGCCUAUAUAGUCCAUAUAACGAAGACCCCCGCCGCCCGCUGCACCUACUGGGCCCUUUUAGAAUUACUUCUCAUAAUAAACGGGACGUUGAACAUAUUUUUCUAUUGUUAAUUCAAAAGCGAUUAAACCUCUGAACUAGUACCUUCUAGAUUAGAAAAUUUAUUUUUUUUCCCAGCCAACCGGGCGUCAAAAAGCACCGCGGCCGUAAAAAGUAGACUGAUCCUAUCUCACUUGUCUGUCUCUACGUGUCUCUUAGCUUUCUAAGUUUCUGAAUUGUAAAUACAAACACAAAGGUCAUCUCACACUGCCGUAUAUUUUAUUUCUCGUCAUCAUAUGAUUCAGAUUAAAGCAGAACAGCUUAAAAAAUACCGCGAAAGUAAACUAUUAAAAACUACAACUAUUAUUCUAGGGCUCGUGUUCAUAUCAUAUUUGCCAGGAGUAUUUUACGCUGGCCUUAGACAAUUUUUCCCUUCUUUCAGUGCUACCACUUGUAUGUUGAUCAACUCGUUCUUUAAUCCCAUUAUUUACUGCCGGAGAAACAAAGGUUAGGAAGGGCGAUGCCAGAGGUGUCGUUUCAGCGGGAUGAAGAUGAUAAAGACCUGUGCAGAACAAACUAGCUGAAAUAAUGAGCUGCCAUUCCGCAAAAGGGCGUAUUCUUUGUGAUACUGAACAAUCAGUUAUUUUACUGUCUUUGAAUAAUUAAAGUGAACGUAAAUACGAAUUUGAUAAUGCAAUUAAAACUUGACGGUAAACACCUUUGUUAUGUGUUAAUGUCGAUCAGCGUGUGCCCACCUAUGACAAAUCUUCCAGCAUAACCAACAAAUCCUGUGUAACUAGCUAUGUGUUUUUUUUUUUUUUUUUUUUUUUU